UUAGUACGUCUUUCUAUUGCAGUCGGAAUAUGCCUACUAAAAGUUUGAAAGUGGUCAUUGUCGGAGGGUCCAUCGCGGGUCUACUUCUCGCCAACGCUCUUGCUCGACAGGGAAUUGACUUCGUUGUCCUGGAAGCUAGGUCGGAAGCUGCCCCAUACGAUGGAGCGGGACUAUGCCUUUUGUCGAGCGGAGCACGUAUUCUGGAUCAGUUGGGGAUGUUCGAGGACAUCCAAUAUCACGGUGGUCCUAUUUCCGUCCAGCGCAUCUGGCGAGAUGACGGACAACUGCUUGGGCACACCGAAGGCUUGGCCCUAAUUACCGCCCGGCAGGGCUACCCUGUGAUUUUCAUUGAAAGACAACGCGUUCUUCAAGUCCUUUUUGACCAUCUACCAGACAAAGGACGCGUGCUCCUCGGAAAGAAAGUCAUAGAGAUAACCUCAUCGGACGACCAGGCGAUAAUUAUGUGCUUGGAUGGGAGUACCUACCAAGCGGACAUAGUUGUUGGAGCCGAUGGGAUACACAGCAUUACGCGCAGAAAGAUGAUAAGGGAUAUUAUCAGCGACAGCCCAAAAUCGCAUAUAAUGCCUGAAGCUCUUGGACAAGUGUUCAGCGCUCAGUACUCUGCGGUUUUUGGAAUCUCCAAGCCCACAUCCGGGAUGAAGAUUGGGCAUUGUAACAGGACAUUUGCGCAUGGCUUUUCCUUUUUCAAUGCGGUGGGGAGGGAUGGUCAAAUAUUCUGGUUCGUAUUCCGUGACAUGGGAAAGGUAUAUGGCGAAAAAGACAUACCUCGCUUAGACCAAAGCAAGAUAGAGGAAGACAUGGCCCCCUUCUUUAGUAAGUAUAUUGCAGAAGGGGUGCAGUUCCGGGAUAUCUUUGAGAACAGAGUCCGUUGCUCCCAUGUGCCUAUCGAAGAAGGUUUCUUGAACCAGUGGGUCUGGAAGAGAUAUGCAUGUAUCGGAGACUCAGUACACAAGACUACUCCUAACCUGGGGCAAGGCGGGAACGGGGCGUUGGAGAGUGCCACGUCCCUGGCAAAUACAAUCGUUGCUAUGGCGCAAGCCAGCAUGUCCUCCGACCUAUCCCUUCCUCGGAUUUCAGCCUCCUUGGAAGAAUGGGCUGCAUCCAGACAGCAACGCAUGAGGCUACUCUGCGAGUUGGGUAACGGCUUUACGAGGCUCGAAGCAUUCCAUACGCUGAAAGACAGAGUGGUAGGUCUCUACCUCGGUAAAUAUCAACUAGACGCAAUAGCAGAUAUCCUGUGCGAGACCACUGUUGGCGCUGAGAAGUUGUCAUUUCUCCCACCUCCUCGGAGAUCAUUACAGGUCACAAUGCCUUUUGACUCACGAAAAGGCAUCCAAGCUCCAACCAGAACUAAUUCGCUAUUACUGCGUUCUCUUAUUGCAAUUACCAUAGUUUUCGCCCUUCAACCCCUUCUGCAGCACUGCAUGACUGACAAGGUCGUUGAUCAUGUACCUAUUUUGCAUGGUCAUGACGGGCGAGCAUACGAACUGCAUGACUCUCAUACUAAUCAUAAUAGCACGAAGACUCUAGCAGCAAUGUCACGAAUCGCGGACUUCGGGGUGCUGCUAACAAUUUGGGCUGUGGAAAGCUGCAGAACAGGGAACAUUGCCACUCUGAUGUCGUUGUAA